CGAUCAUCGGCGUCAGUCGAGCUACCGAUCUGGCUUUGGAUGAAGUGAAGUUUCUCAUCAAUAUACGCUAAAUCACAGUAGCUGAGGAAAAUGUCCAAGAUCGAGCGUUUGAAAGCAAGUGUGGCGCAGCUCUUGGCUGUGGCUGUGCACGAGGUUCUGGAUGUGGUGGGGCAGGCGGUGUCGGAGUACCAGGAGGAGACUGCCAGGACGCAGAGGGAGAAUGAGAGCCUGAGGCGGAGGCUGUGGGAACUCCAGGAGGUGGUGAAGACUGUGAGCACAGGAGGUCCACACUCUCUGUCUCUCGCAGUCUCUGAGGGAAGGUCUCCCAUUGAUCAGCAACACUAUGAGCAGGACUGGAACUGCAGUCUGAGGGACGACACAGAGCUCACAGUGCAUGAAGAGAAAGCAGCGCUGAUCAGGCAUAGGAGGACUAGGCAAAGGGAUGAAGAACUCAGAAGACUGGAGUCUGAUCACUCUGCAGACUCGGAGGCUGAGUGCGAAGUGCUCGGACUGAGCGCGCUGGGGUCGGAGUGCGGGACUCAGAUGUCGGAUACAGCCCAGUCGAUAUUCACAAGCCGCAGUGUGAAAAACGACUCUGACGUGGACUCCGUUCACACCGUGAACAUUCCCAACACGCUGUCUCCAAACACUUGCAAUUCAGGAACUAUGCCCAGCCUGGCCUCCGAUGAAAUUAAGAUGGAGCCGGAGCCGCCGGAAUGUUCCAUGUCAGAACAGCACGCUGCCCAAAUUCCUUUGUAUGGUUGUGCAGACGCAAUUGGCAACUUGGCACAAGAUGAACCCAAUCAAGAACUGUACCACUCUGAAAGGGAGUCUCAGGGACAGAUCUACAUUCAGCCAGAACGUAGCACAGUAGGGAAGAGAUUCAAGUUUGGGAAAAUUAUUAGAUCGUUGUCCGAUAAUAAAAAACACAAGCAGUAUAAGAGGAAGGAGGAACAACACAUCUGUUUUCUCUGUGGGAAGACCUUCAGUCGCGUAGCAAAUCUCAGAAUACACCAGCGAUGUCACACAGGAGAGAAACCUUACUGCUGUGUGCAGUGUGGGCGGUGCUUCAGUCAAGCAGGAGACCUUAAAAAACACAAGCGAGUUCACACUGGAGAGAAACCAUACCACUGCACCCAGUGUGGGAAGAGUUUCAGUCGUGGCGAAAACCUUAAAAGACACCAGAAAACACAUGUGGGAGAUCCCUUACUGGUGUGAAGUGAGCUUUGGUCAGUUGAGACACAGUAAAAAUUCCCCUGUGUCAUCAUUCUAUUCUCCCAACUGGAUUCUCAUAGUGAAAUAGGAAGUGUGCUAUGUGGCUGCAGAAGUGGUGUCACAGUGCUGGGAAGUACUGUGUGUGAGGUCUUGCACAGGCAAGUUUGCAAAGAUUUGUCAUGAACAAUAAACUAACAACACUGUUGUUGAAAUGUCAUGGAUUUUUCCUUUUGUAAUGGCACUCUGAAGCAUGUUUACUGAUGUUUGAUAAUGAGGUAUGAAUGGGAUACAGUGAAGGGGUAGUAUUCGCUGUUCUAAAAUGAAGCUAUUUGGUUUAAUCCAAACAUCUGGAUGGUGAAGUUGGUUAAAAUACAUCAAUAAGCAGCCGUAGUGUAUGCACUUCUGGAGUAUUUUAUGAGUGUGGAGUACUGUGACUAAUGUGCAAGUAGCUGCACAAUGUUGUAAUACUCCCACACUAAAGUUUAGUGAACAUGGAACAUUUCAAUUAACCAGGUCUGAUGUGAUGUCAGGACAGAAGUGGUGAAGACAUGGUUGGUCAAAACAUUGUUUUGCUGUUGGUGUGGGAGCAUGACAACAGUGAAGAGGUAUUGUGGAUAUGUAAGAAUAAAUCAUGAGCAAAAGAUUUAAAUAUUAUUUAACAGCAAUUUUUGAUCACCAUUAACAGUGAUCCCUCUGUAUGUAAGUACCUAUAUAUUUGAUUUCACUAAACCACUUGUAUAAAUAAAACUAAUUUUUAA